AUGGCGCAGCCGUGGUCAUCAUGGCUUUCGAUGAGAAGGGUCAGGCCCUGUCAGGUGGCCACCUUCGAGGACAAGGUUCGCAUCUGCCAGCGCAGCUACAAGUGCCUGCGCGAGAACAUUGACUUCUCGCCAGAGGACAUGAUCUUCGAUUGCAACGUGCUGACCAUCGCCACCGGACUGCCGGAGCACAACUCCUAUGAUGGCAUCGACUUCAUCAAUGCCGUGGCGGAGAUAAAGCGCGCCUGCCCAUUCGUCUCCUUCUCUGGAGGCUUGAGCAACCUGUCUUUCUCCUUCCGCGGCCUGAACUCUCUGCGGGAUGCCAUGCGCAGCGUGUUCCUCUACCACGCAGUGCCCAAAGGUCUGAACAUGUCCAUCGUGAACCCAGGAGGCCGGGUGAAGCUGCCGCGCGGGGCUUCUUGGACCGUCUCACAGUGUCGAAAGGUGAUUCUGAACCAGUCUGCAGAUGGCAGGUCCGUCAUGUCCUGUGCAGAGGUCGAGCGCUUCCUGGAGUACGCCGAGGCCACCUCCGUGCUGUGA